ACUUAUCAUAUCGAAAAUUUAAUUUUUUUGAAGAUAAUAUGGAGUUGCCUAAUAGGCAAAAGAGAGUAUCUUCGCAGCACUUAUAUACUCGUACGCCGUUUGACUUAGAAGGGGUUGCCUUAUGCGAAAACUCAAAAACGGCUCAAAAGAUGGUGCCCAAAUUAGUUUUCAUUUUACAUUUUUUGACACCUAAGAAUGAUUUGACUAGAUCUGAUUUUUUUCCUACACUCUUCUUCUUAGUUGUAUACUCUUGUCAGAGUAGUCGUAGUUAUUGCGGUCGUUGUACGGCCUUUUUCGCUGUUUCCCACCAUUCUCUAUUUAUUUCCUACAGUAUCCACUUUAUCAAAUUGCCCCUAAUCUUUUUGAAAGACUUAUCUAACGACACCCCGCACCGUAGGGUUGGAACGAAAAAACAUAUGGUCUACAAUGGAGACAUUUUACGUGUACUGGAAACAGGUUGGGACUUACCAUACAAAUGUAAUUUUUUCUAGUCUUGUUUAGGUUUUAUUUUAACACUUUGUCAACCUCGAUUUAAAGUUAAUAUCCGAAUUAUGAGAUGGGCAUUAAAAGUCAACCCAAUUUUAUACUUGUUUAUCAAUUAUGAUGGCCGUGUGUCAGCGCGUAAGUUAAGUAUAAAACGAGUACAGGCUGCUGAAUCGCGUCUACUCGCUUCCCGCAAGGUCAAGUGCGAGCGUCCAAGUCAUUGCUCCUCCUGUGCGCGCAUACCUACUUGCGCAGCGCACCCAGUGCUAUUACAAUCUGUGAUCGGUGUUCUUAACUCGCGUUGGAACAUGCUUCGAAGACAACUUGUUUUGGCGUGCCUGUUCUGCUGGGUCGCGCACACAACGGCCAGCAGCGACGACCGGUUCAUCAAGAAAUACGCAAUGAUGAAGAUUUAUGAAAGUUGUUUUGGUCCAGAAGUAGUAAAACAAAUUCGACAAGAAAUGAAGGACGCAUAUGCAAAAUGUUCAGCACCGCCAUCUUUCGACUCCCAGCCGAACUUGCAUCUCCCGCCGUCGGUGCUCUUGGGAAAACUGCCGCCCGGCUUUGCCAUGGACCCGAGCUCGCAAACCAUCACUAAGCCCACAGAUGGCGCUUUACACAACCAGGAGAAUGAUUUAGCAAAUCAAGACUCGCAUUCUCUUAAAGGGUCGCCUCUAGGAGGGGUCCUUGCAUUUAGGCCACAUGGUUCGCAGUUUCCUCAGCAGCAGCCGGCGGUGCCCCCGUACAUGAUGCCUGGCAGUAGUGGCAGUCCCCAGUUCAGACCGUUCAGCCCUGCGACACCGUUCUACCAAUUCCCAUACGGCGCCCCCGGUCUGUUCUACCCACCGGGAAUGCCGUCGUAUAAUCCGUACGCGUACCAACAACAAUAUCCGCAAGGCUUUUAUCAGCAGCCGGGUUUCUUUGGAUCUAAUAGAAUGUCGCGAGAGUUGGACAUACGCGACAGGCUGGAGUUAAUAUCGCGCACCGGCGGAGGGGGCACGGGGGCAAGCGGAGGCCGCGUACGCAACAUCACGUGCGUCAUGCAGGAGCUGGGCUACAUCGACCACAACCUCGAGCCCAACUACGAGCAGAUUACACAGCGCAUCGCCAACCUGCCCGUCUCUAGCGAGCUUAAGGGCGAUAUUCAAGACGGCUUGCAGUUCUGCCAGAAGUUCUCGCAAUGCGUCCCAGACAGUAAGCGAGACGUGGCGCCACUGUCCCAGGAGCUGAUCAAGCCCAUGUUCUUCUUCCGCUGCUACAAGCACAAGAAGUUGGAGGCGUGCAUCAUGAAGGACAUUAGGGAACGUUUCACCAGCGAGGAUGAGUUAGACACCGACACUGACUUUAGGUCCCUGUCGCGCUCUGCACGCGCGGCGCGGGCUCGCGACGAGCCGCUGCCUGACCCACGCUUCGACGCGCUCGACGAGAUGGCAGUCUACCUCUACGACUAUCUCAGCGGAGGCAACGGAUUUGACUUUGAUCUCUACAUGUAAUGCUGACAAACUGCUGCUGAUUGUCCAGUCUCAUGAUAACACUCAUUAAACCCUUGAUUCGACAUAAUGUCGUGAGAUCAAACCACAUCAGCGCUUAAUUUGUUGUAUUGUUUCUGGUUAGAAAAAAAGGUCAAAGAUAUACAUAUUUUAAACGGUGUCAAACUAAGGGUAAAAAAGCAAACGUGACGUGUUAUAUCGGUAUUGCGAACAAUGAAUGAGAUUAAUAAGGUAGGACGAAAUACAGAAGGCAUUUUGUAUUUCCGAUUCGUAAAUAUUCAGUGUCUUUUCUGUACCGUAUUAGGUAUAAAACCGCGAUUAGAAUACGAUUGAGCACAUAGGUAUGUCGUUUUUGAAAUAAUACAUGAAAUGACACUGUCAAUGGUAGAGUGUGCAGGUAAAUAAAAAUACUUAUAUCAGUACGAAGAAGAUUUAAAACUUUUAUAUCUUGGAAAUAACAUCAAAUUUAUUUAAUAGUUUUCGUUAUUAAAAUAUUGAAUUAUAUAGAGGAUUAGUUCUCCUCUACAGAUCGCGUUUUUCAACCGAUUCUCGUGAAAUAUUGUGAUCAGGUUCAGUAGCUAGAUAUAAUUUUUGUAACGUUUCAUUUUUUGGAAAUAAUGAAAAUGGCGGAAAUUGGCAUAAAAUACAUAAGCGCCAGCAGGGUCUAUGGCACUUAAUAUGAUUGUGAGCUCGCUAUGAUAAUGACUCAACGAAGUAAGUAUUAUUAAAUCUUACAUUUUUUUUAAUCUUAUGGCGUGCUCUACAGCUCUCUAGAGCCCGUAGUAGUGAAGGUAUAUAGGUAAUAAUAGAUUCACUUACGAUUACAUAUAAUGAUUAAUUAUAAACUGUGCUGACAGUACUUUCGAAUCGUACGCUAAGCAGCUAUCAUCGUUAUGGUUUUCGUCUAUUAUCGGGUUAUAUAUUAUUCUGCAAAACUUGACGCCUUAUUAUAGGUCAAAAAUUGUGCGGUAACUUAAAAACUGUAACUUAAAAAGACUCAAAGUUAUUUGUGUACAUUUAUUUUAUGUUUGAUUUUAAGAUAAGUUAUAUACAUAAGUAUAUUAAUAAAAAUGUUUGAUGCUGGUGUUAUUAGUUUACAGAGUCCGUCCAAGCUAAUUCUGUGCCAACUUCCACAGUACAAAGUGUAGGAGUAUCACUAACAACGUCCACUUCCACACUUGAUCACUGCAAAUCGGUAUGACUCUAGACAAGAUUAUAUGGUAUAGUAAAAAAGUGUACCUAAAGUCUAAUAAAAAUCGUGGCUCGAAAUUGACAUCUAAAGUAGAUGUCCCUAUACUACCCUUUACAAUAAACGAUAACUCUCAUUGUCAAAAUGGACGUUUGACAUUUUAGUUAGCAGUUAGCACAAAGCAUAUGGCGCAGUGUCGCGCCACGUCAGUUCCGCUAUCAAGCUCGGGAACGAUAUUUUCUUAGACUUUACAACUCCUCCACUGCUAAUACCUCUGGUUUAUAGUAAACGUGCAGCAAACUAUUAGUUCUCGUACACAAAGCUUGAGCUAAUUUAGCUUUGUGGAUGACAGUUUAGUCGUAUUUAGUAUAUUAUUAGUUCGUAUAGGCCUUUUGAGAUUAUCGUGACUUUUAACUGCAUUUAUAGCCCUAAUUUAUUAUUAAGCAAUAAAAUAAGAUGUGCCUUUAGAUUAAUUACAAUAUUCUACGUUGUAGCCAAUAAAGUGCUAUGUAAUGUC